AUGAAAGAGAUGCCUUCUUCCCACUGCUCAACCGGAGAACUUCCCCAAAAAUAUCCUCCCAAUGUCGACUCCGAACAACCCAAACCCUCCAUCGAACAACCACCUUCUGACCUUUUCCACCAUCCCUAUACCACCCAACUCCAUGCCGGAGUCAUGGAUGGAGAUGGCCCUGCAAGGCCACUCUCAAACCCUACACAUGAUGGUGGGUCCAGUACCCAUCUCCAUCACAAUUCAACACCCCCGUUAUUUGGAACGACUAGCAACCCACCUACUACAUCAAGGUUUGUCCAACUUUGGACACUAGCUAUGGCAAUCCACACUUCUCCAAGCCCAGUACAUGAGUUCUUAACAACUCCUCUCGGUAGAGGAGCUCAACUCCCUCAUGGGCCAGCUAUGCCAAACAAUGCUUUUCUUCCCUCUGAUGGAUCUGAGCAAUCCCCUCCCAUCACCAGCCUUCACAUUGUGGCCCCAAGUGAACCAACCCACUCCCACAACAGUGAACCCACAAAAUAUCCCUCUAGGAAACAAGAAUGCAGCUAUGGACCUGUUAAUAAAGGAGAAGAACCAAACCCUGGGCUAUCUAAGAGAAUCUAA